UGUGAGUGGUUGGUGUGCACCGUGAACGGAACCUACGAAAUAGAAGCAGAAACUCAUUUUUUCUUCAUCAACGAGUGACGAUCAAAUAGGCAACUUGACUCUCGUUUGGGAUUUCAUUUUAUUUUUCAAGUGAUUUUUGCGUUUGUUUUGCGUGGAAAAUGUGUUAAAAUAAAUUUGUUAAGUGCUCAGUGCUGCCUUCGUGCAAUGGAUUAAGGGAUAUUUUUCAAGGAUUUUUUGACAAUUUUUUUUCGCGAAUCGCAGAAAAUUGUUUGUUUUUAAUCAAAAAAAGAAUUUGCAAUACUUUGAGAUUUUUCAUUCAAACAAGUGAAUUGAAGAUCGGUAUAGAGUUUUUUUUUGAGGAGAGGUGCUGCGAAAAUUAUCCAAAAAAUAUGUACUUUCGUGUAUUGAUAGUGGUAUCGCUGCUGAAGCUGAGCGAGUGCUAUAAUGGUAAUUUCUUUGGCACCGCUGAGCUGAUAAAAAAUGUGCAGCCACGUCGAAGUCGGCUGCUAUCGGAUUUCGUGGACAAUGCUCCGGCAGACAAUUCGCGAAGUGGUUUCGUGCCAAUUUCAAUCCCUUUAUCGGCCGCCCGAUCGCUUCUCGUCAGCAGUGAAAAACCGACAACAAUCGACGAACCGAAAUCGACCGAACAACCGGAGGAGUUGAAAUCAGAACCAAUUGAAGAUGAAGAAGGACCCGUUCCGACGGCCGAUACAAUGCGAAAAUAUGCUCGCAUUUUCAAAAUGGAUACCGAAACAUUGAAUGAAAAACAAAAGCUACUUUUGCAACGGAUCGUACAACGAAUUGCACGAUUGAAUGGAGCUAGCCCUGACGAGGAGUCAAUCGAUCUGAAUGAUAAUGAGGGUCGGGCUCGGCGUAAAAACCGUGACGAACACAAAAAGACACAGAAAAAAACUUCAACAACCACCAUUGAAGUGGUAACGGAACCAACGAAAACCACGCCAAAACUAAAAACGACGCCGUCGAUUCAGAGCAGCAGCAGCAGUGCACAGAAGAAGAAAGUAGCUGCGAGCAAUAACUAUAUCGCAAUUUCUAAACCAACGAUGCCAACCAUUGCAUCAAAAAUGGGUAAGAGCAAAGUGACACAAGCCAACGAUUUAACACUAACGAACGCCACCAGCGUCGAUUUGGGCAACAUUUCCACCACAUCAAUUGUCGACAUUUUAUCGACGGAUAAUGCACGUGAAAAUUUUUACAUCCGAAGACCAUCGCCAUCAACGAUCACAACUUUACACAAUAAAAUCCAACCACAGAAACCACAAUCAAUAAAGCCGACUAAAUAUCACUUUUAUCCUCAUAAUCAACAUAUUUACGUAUUGCCCGAGUGCGCCAUUCAACAGGUAUGCAACGCUGUUUACGUGAGACUCAACUAUACGCAACCAUUAUGCGCGUGUCCAUCCAGAUAUCGCGAUCCAUGUUCGGCCAGUAUUGACGAGGAUGAUUUGCAUACGACGAAAUUGAUUGGCGACCCGCAAAAGCGGGCUAUCACAUUGGCGAAAACAUGCGAGGCGACAACCGAAAUGAGGGAAUGCCGUACACCACGAGACUGGUCGUUGUUGGCAUUGCAGAAUAUUCGAACGGGGAAAUCACACUAUUUGGUGAUUUGCAAGUGUCCAGACGCCUAUAAUUUGGAGGGUCCAAUGGCGCACGAUCAGCCAACGUAUGCAAGUGUUCCGGGAAUCCGUGUAUUUGGAAUGAUGUGUGUGAAACCGACGGGUGAGGUGAACACUAGUUUGCACAUUCAACGGCCAGUUCCACCAAAGCGCAAUCAAUACUUCCAAUCGCAAACAUCGUACUACAAUCGAUUCAAGAAGCAUACACUCUCCAAGCUAUCGGCGCAACAAAAAACAAACGAAAAUGGUGCAAAUCUUUCGACUCAAUCGUUUGAUUCGGCCGAUUUCACCACCCGAGGAAUCAGUAUAAUUCCAUCAAAUUCGGAGACUCGAGAGGAUGUAUCGAAUGAAAGUUCGCAAGAAGCAGCAACAGAAGAAGAAGAGGAAGUUCCAUCGAGUACAUUCGAUGCAUCGUCCAGUUCGUAUAGUACAACAUUUUCAUCGACGGAUAGUGUACCAACGGAACCAGCCACCGAGACAUCAAGUCGAAAGAAACGGGACACUGGCGACGGCAGCAAUGUGACCGACGAAAGUGCAAUGUUCGAAUCAAAUAGUCGAAGCAAACGUGAUGAUUGGCCAGACAUUCCAUGGGAUGAGAUUAGCCAACAAAUCAAAGACAUUCAAUGGGACUAAACAUCAAUGCCGAUCCGGAGAGUAAACAAAAAACAUUGAUCUGAACUGAAUGUCGCUGUGUUCACCAUCGAAUUUUCGCAAGAACAAUACAAUUUUUUUUAAAUUAUGCUAAACAAAUCAUGGCAAUGAAGACGAACGAUUCUAGACACUUGAACAUGACAAAAUAAAAGACUAUUCACACAAGGAAAAUGCCAUCCACACAUUUCUCCUCUCCCUAUCCGCCACCACUGUCGCCGUCGCCACGUCGUCAUUUUACGCAAUUCAUACGUUGUGUGUUUUAAACAGAAGAAUCAAAAACAAUUUUCAAUACUACAAAUUGCUAACGAAAAACAAAAACAAUUUAAUGGUUUGGAAACAACAAUUAAAAAUUAUGAAAUCAUCAAAAAAAAAAUCAACUUAAUUUUAGUUAUUUUAAAACGAAAAAGAAGCGAGUCUCGAAAAUAUACACACACUUUCGAAUCGUAGACUACAAACAAUUUUUUUUUUUUCAGAAGUAUUAUCAACACGCAUUCACACAUAUACACUCAAACUAACCGAUAAAUUUGUGUAACAGUUUCUAUAUUAAGGACUAAUUUAUAUUAAUUUAUUUUAAAAUUAAUUUUCGAUUUAGGCGAUUUUGUUUUUAAAAUGAUGAUUAUGAUGAUGAUGAUACAAGUAGAAGCAGAGCAAAAAUCAACAUGAAAUACGUGGAACGAUGAUUUAAAAAUACAAUU